AAUGUUGCCUACACUGUUUAACAAAUAAAAAGAGAAAAGUUAAAAAAGUUGCUGCCUAUUGGUCAUACUUCUUAUUUUUUAGAAAAAUUUUGGAUCUUUUAACAUUAAAUUUCUAAAUAUGUUUCCGGAAUAAACAGUAAAUACGAUACCUAUUUUUCAACAAUUACUGCAACAAAUGAAACAACGUACCUAGAAAGUAUAAAAUCUUUAAUCAAAUUUGGAAAAAGGCGUAUUUAAAUACAAGAACUUAAACUUACGUACCUAUUGUGUGUUUGGAAAUUUUAAGGCUUCGAGUUGGGUUCAAGGGAUAUGCCAAAUCAGUUUGCUGUUGAUGGUGCAUGCCGGAUUUUGUUUGUCUGCUACAUCCAACUGUAUUGAAGUAGAACACAUCGCACUUGCAUGAGUUGAUAUGGCUGCUUAUAUAAAUCGCACUAUAUCUAUGAUGGCUGGAGAUGGGCCUCAUAACCGACCGAAUGUAACUGCUGUAUUGCGAACCAAUGGUAUUGAUAAUUCUCCAUUGCAGAUAUUUGUAAAAGCAAAAAAGAAAAUUAAUGAUAUAUUUGGGGAAAUUGAGGAUUAUGUUAAUGAUACUGUCGAAUAUAUGCAUGAGAUUGAAAAAGAAGAUCAUAUUGUCUCUGCAGAAAAAGUCAAGCAGAUUGAAGAAUUUGUUGAUAAAGUUCAUAGUAUUAGAGAAGUUCUUUCUAGAGAUCAUAUGAAAGUAGCAUUUUUUGGAAGAACUUCUAAUGGAAAAAGUUCUGUAAUUAAUGCUAUGUUAAGGGAUAAAAUAUUACCCAGUGGAAUUGGCCAUACAACAAAUUGUUUUUUGCAGGUUGAGGGAUCUACUUCUGAAGAUCCCUAUCUUACAAAAGAGGGUUCAAAUGAACGUUGUGCUGUUGAAUCUGUUGGACAACUUGCACAUGCAUUGUGUAAAGAAAAACUGUCAGAAUCAGAAAUGGUGCGAGUGUUUUGGCCUAAAAACAGGUGCCUUUUGCUUCGAGAUGAUGUAGUAUUUGUUGAUUCUCCUGGUGUUGAUGUUACACCUAAUUUGGACGAAUGGAUAGAUAAACAUUGUUUAGAUGCUGAUGUUUUUGUUUUAGUAGCUAAUGCAGAGUCAACUUUAAUGGUUACUGAGAAAAAUUUCUUUCACAAAGUAUCAAAAAAAUUGUCAAAGCCAAAUAUAUUUAUACUUAAUAAUAGAUGGGAUGCAUCUGCAACCGAACCUGAGUUUUUGGACCAGGUUCGACGCCAACAUCAAGAAAGAGCUGUAGAUUUUCUAGUUAAAGAGUUGGGAGUAUGUUCUUCAAAAGAGGCUGAAGAAAGGAUAUUCUUUAUAUCUGCAAAGGAAGUCCUACAAGCUAGAAUGGCUGAGCAAGGACAAACUGCUUCUACUCCAUUAACUGAGGGAUUUCAGACAAGAUACUUUGAAUUUCAGGAUUUUGAAAGGAAAUUUGAAGAGUGCAUUUCUAAAUCUGCAGUGAAAACCAAAUUUGAACAGCAUUCUCAAAGGGGCAAAUUUAUUGCAAAUGAAUUACGAGAUAUUUUGGAAAGUAUUUAUAACGAAGCAUUGAGAUUAAGAGAAGAAAAAUUAAAACAACGUAAAGAACUAACUGAUAAAAUAAACUAUACUGAACAACAAUUGGUUAUUAUAACACAGGAAAUGAAAAAGAAAAUUAGAAAUAUGGUUGAAGAUGUUGAACAAAGGGUAUCAAAAGCUUUAACUGAAGAAAUUAGACGGUUAAGCACACUUGUCGAUGAGUUCAACUUACCUUUUCAUCCUGAACCUUUGGUUUUAAAUGUGUAUAAGAAAGAACUUCAUUUGCACGUUGAAACAGGAUUAGGAUCAAAUUUAAGAGCCAGAUUAUCAACUGCAUUGGCAAUGAAUAUGGAACAAAGCCAGACAGAGAUGACAAGCCGGAUGGAAUCUCUUAUCCCACAAAACUACAGAAGCGCCAGCAAUUUUAUUAUGCCAGGACGACAGCCAUUUGAAAUUCUUUACAGACUAAAUUGUGAUAAUUUAUGUGCUGAUUUUCAUGAGGAUCUUGAAUUCAGAUUUUCUUAUGGAAUCACAGCACUUAUACAACGCUUUGCUGGUAGCAAAGGCAGUUUUUUGGGUAUUAAAAAUAAAAGAGAGAGUCCUCAGAGCAGUAUUAUGCCCUCAACGCCCGUUGAUGUGGUUGAUAAUCGAUUGGUUUGCAAUACUAGUUUCGAUGACUGGUCUUUGUUGUCAAGAAUAGCGUUAAUGGGAGCCGGUUCUCAAGGUACCAUGGGCUGUUUGCUGGUAGCUGGAUUCAUGUUUAAGACAAUAGGAUGGAGAGUUAUUGUAGUUACAGGUGCUCUAUACGGUUCUCUCUAUUUGUACGAGCGUCUUACGUGGACCAAUAAAGCUAAAGAGCGAUCUUUCAAACGUCAGUACGUCGAUCACGCCACCCGUAAAUUACGCAUGAUCGUCGACUUAACAUCGUCCAACUGCAGUCAUCAAGUGCAACAAGAGUUGAGCGGUACUUUUGCCAGGUUGUGCAGCUUGGUUGACAAGGCCACUCACGAUAUGGACGAUCAAUUGAAAGUUUUAGAAAAGGAGGUAGCUACGUUAGAUAAUGCUAGCGGUCGGGCAAAGGUUUUGAGAAAUAAGGCAAACUACUUGUCACAUGAACUCGAUCUUUUCGUCGAUGCCUACCUCAAGAUACACAACUAGUCGAAAACGAAUAGAAGAAUGAGACAUUGCUGAUAGUAACGAUAGUUUUAUUGCCAUUGGGUUUUUCAUGAGACCAAAUUUCAAAACAAUUGCUUAAUUUUUUAUUUUUAUUUUUGCGUUUUUAUUUGGUAACAGAAAUCUGUAGCAAAACAUUUUUGUCAUUGUUCCUUUAGACAGACGUGUUUGCAAAAAAAUGCUUAUAGCUUGAUUUGUCUUUGUAAUUCUAGAUAAAUAUUUAGAGACUUUUUACAUUGUUAAAUCUAACUUUAAAAGGCACAUUAUUGUUUUAUGAUUACAUACAAAAAUGUGGAAGUGACUAUAAUUCAAUUUUAUUUUAUUAUUAUAUUUUAUUGUGAACUUAGUAAUUGAUUGAAUAUACAUUGUUAUUAAUUAUUAAGAAAACAUUGUGAUUUAUUUAUAAAAGUAUUUUUUUUUUGUUACAUUGCUUGUUUAAUUUUAAUAAAAAAUCAAAUGAAGAAUAAAGGUCUCAGUAAGCUUGGAGAAACGAUGGUAGUACGAUAAUGUUAUAAUUCUUGUAAAUAAUAAAUUGUUUAUAAAAAA